AUGAACAGAACCGUCUUCCAGCUCUUUGCCGUGGCGUUCUGCUUCGUUACAGUGCAGGCGCUGAUGUGUUACGAAUGUAAGCUCGGCUUCGGAGACCUGUGCUACACCAGCAAGACGACGUGCGACGCCGGACAGCACUGCUUCAGCGGCAUCGGAGAAGCAGCUAGCCUGAUGCCCAUCAAGAUGAAGGGCUGUCUGGAGAUUUCCAAAUGCAACAAAACGGAGGCCGUGAACUUCCCCACGUCUGGAAACACCACCGUCUACACCAUGACCAAGACCUGCUGCAGCACAGACCUGUGCAACAGCGCCCCCGCAGGGCUCCCUGGGGUUCUGCAGCUGGCCCUGGCCUCUGUCGCCGCAGUGUUCGCUGCUCACGCUCUGGUCUAA